GGGAGACGAUAUGGUGGACAGCGACCACUGUGCAUAGAGUUAUAUGAUAGAAAGUCUGUUCUAUCGUAUAACUAUGAUUCAGUGGCAGCGAUGGAGCGACAAAAGCAGGGAUGUGUUGCAGGGGGAAGGUGAUUUGGGACGGACUGUCGUCUUUGCUCGUAUGUUCCGCCGGUAUCCGUCCUCCAUGAGUAAGACAGAAAUGUAUGUUUUUUUAUGACUUCAUAAAAGGCCGUAUUACGUUGUCUUUCUGGUGCCGUGUUGCGUUUAUGAUGUCAUGUUGCAGCGUUCUGACGUGGUUCCAGCAGCAGUGACGCGCUCUGAGUGAGUCUGAGUGGAGACAGCAGCUGAAAGUGUACAGGUGUUGUUGAGGAUGUGGAGGGCAGGUUGUGCACUGCGUUUGAGGCGUGCAGAGACAACAGCCAGACUGUGUUCCAGUCACCCACCAGACCCUCCACACUCCUCUUCGGCGCGGUCACGGUCCUCUCCACUGCUCCAGGCCGAGAAACAAAGACGCAAAAGACUGAAGGAGGCGGCCAUACUGUCGAGUCAGCACAGUGUUGCUGAAAAUCAAGCACUGACAUGGAGUGAGAGAGAGAAUAUUUCAUACACUGUCGACACCCCACCUGGGAAGAAGAAAGACACCAGUGUGCCUUUCCCGUCUGCCUUCAGCCCAGAGUACGUGGAGUCCAGCUGGUACCACUGGUGGGAGAAAGAAGGAUUCUUCAGGCCGGAGUUGCAUGAAACAUUACCUCAUGCUGUGGAUCAGACCUUCUGUCUGUGUAUCCCUCCGCCUAAUGUGACUGGCACGCUACACCUUGGCCAUGCUCUGACUGUUGCCAUAGAAGAUGCUCUGGUUCGAUGGAAAAGGAUGCAGGGAUACAGAGUGCUCUGGGUUCCUGGGUGUGACCACGCAGGAAUAGCAACACAGACAGUGGUGGAGAGGAGCCUCCUGAGGGAAGAAGGAAAGCACAGGCAGGACUUCACCAGAAAGGAGUUUCUGCAGAAGGUGUGGGACUGGAAGAAUGAUAAGGGUGAAGAGAUCUACCAUCAGCUUCGUCGACUGGGUGCCUCUCUGGACUGGAGCAGGGCCUGCUUCACCAUGGACCCAGUUUUCAGCAGUGCUGUGACAGAGGCUUUCAUUCAGCUGUGUGACGCCGGGCUGAUUUAUCGCUCAGAGCGGCUGGUGAACUGGAGCUGUGCUCUGCAGUCUGCCAUCUCUGACAUCGAGGUUGAUUCCAAGAUGCUGUCUGGGCCCACAUUGUUGUCUGUUCCUGGGUACGACAGCCGAGUGGCAUUUGGAACCAUUUUCACCUUUGUAUAUCCAAUCGAAGGCUGUGAUGGAGAGGUGGAGGUGUCCACCACCCGCCCUGAGACCAUGCUGGGCGACGUGGCUGUGGCUGUGCACCCUGAUGAUCCUCGGUACCAGGCUCUUCAUGGAAAGCGGUGCAGGCACCCCUUAAACAACAGAUCGCUGCCCAUUGUCACCGACACUAUGGUGGAUAUGGAUCUAGGAACAGGUGCGGUGAAGGUUACUCCCGCUCACGACCAUGCUGAUUUCCAGCUUUCACAGAGACACUCCCUGCCUCGUCUGACUGUCAUUGGAGAGGACGGGAUGAUGACGCCCCUCUGUGGACAGUGGCUACAGGGGGUGAAGCGUUUUGAUGCGAGACAGAUGGUGUUGGAUGCCCUCUCUGAGAAGAAGCUGCUGAGAGGGAAGAAGGACCACGCCAUGACUUUACCAAUCUGCAGCCGCUCUGGUGAUGUCAUCGAGCCUCUUCUGAAGAAGCAGUGGUUUGUCCGCUGUGAUGAAAUGGCGAAAAAAGCUAUUCAGGCUGUGGAGGAGGGACAGCUGGAAAUCAUCCCUCCGGUUUACACCAAGCGGUGGAAGACCUGGCUCUCGAGCAUCAGUGAUUGGUGCAUUUCUCGACAGCUCUGGUGGGGUCAUCAGAUCCCUGCUUACAGAGUGGAGCUCCCCAAGUCUUCUGGCAUGCAGGAGGAGCAGUGGGUUUGGGGAAGGAGUGAAGAUGAGGCCAGACUGAGAGCUGCAGUCAAAUAUGGAGAGAACCCAGAGGACAUCACUUUGGCUCAGGACUCUGAUGUACUGGAUACGUGGUUCUCCUCUGGACUCUUUCCUUUCGCCAUGUUGGGUUGGCCUCAGCAGACUGAUGACUUUCAGCGAUACUACCCCAACUCAAUUCUUGAGACAGGGAGUGACCUGAUCUUCUUCUGGGUGGCCAGGAUGGUGAUGCUGGGCACAGAGCUGACUGGACAGUUACCUUUUAAACAGGUUCUUCUCCAUCCUAUGGUGAGAGAUAGACAUGGCAGAAAAUGAGGUAAAUCUCUGGGAAACGUCAUUGAUCCUUUAGAUGUCAUACAUGGCAUCUCACUGGAGAAACUUCAGGAAAAAGUGAAGGAAGGAAAUCUUGAGCCCAGGGAACGGAUUGUUGCCAUGGAAGCACAGAGGAAAGAGUUCCCCAACGGAAUCCCACAGUGUGGUACUGAUGCACUGCGCUUUGCCCUUUGCUCUCACAAUAUUCAAGGAGAAGACACCAGUCUGUCCGUCUCUCAGGUUCUGAGCUGCAGACACUUCUGUAAUAAAAUGUGGCAGACAUUACGCUUCACACUGGGCGUGUUGGAGAACAACACAUCACAAGUGGAAACACUGGAGAAGACCACUCCUGUGACCAACAUGGACCGCUGGAUUUGUUCUCGGCUCUACAGCACAGUCACACAAUGUGAGCGAAGCUUUGAAGCCUAUGAGCUGCACACAGUCACAUCUGCCCUCUAUUCCUUUUGGACACACAGCCUCUGUGACGUUUAUGUGGAGUACAUGAAGCCUCUGCUGCAACAACAGAACGACACGUGCACACAACACAGUGCCAUGCUGAGGCAGGCCGCCACCAGCAUCCUCUAUCACUGUGUUUCUGUGUCUCUGGCCCUCCUUUCCCCCUUCAUGCCCUUCAUCACAGAGGAACUGUGGCAGAGACUGCAGCCAUACGGACCUCACAUCGUCCAGGCCACAGCCCAGGCCAGCACGCAGGCCAGCCUGUGCCUGCAGCCGUACCCUCGCUCCUCCCAACUGGUUCAUUUGUAUUUCCCUGAAGAAGAAAAACAGUUCUCGUGGGUUCAGGAAGUGGUUCGAGUCGCUCGCUCACUCAAAGCCCAGUGUGGCAUGACCAAAGAGAAACCUACCAUGUGGGCGGUAUGUUCAUCCAGCCAGGCUGAGGUCCUCCUUCAUUUUGGGUCAGCUGUUUGGACAUUAAGCCGGAUCUCCAACCUGAAUAUCUACUGUCCUCAGGGAGGUGACGGCCUGCUCUCUGUCUGCUCCGCUCCUCCACCCAAAGGCAGCCUGGUUGGUGUCGUGGAUCACACGUGUCAGCUCCACCUUCAUAUUCAAAGUGGGCUGAACGUUGACAAACGGAUCAUGGAGCUCACCCAGUGCAGAGAAAAGCUCAUUCUCAAACUAAAGAAGAUCACUUGCAAAGUCGAAUCUCCGCAGUACAUGCAGAAGUUUCCAGCUCGUGUCAGGCAGCAGAUGGACAACAAGAUGUCUGUUGUGAAGCUGGAGCUGAAGAACAUUGAAGAUCAGCUGGAGGUGCUGAAGGAUGCUGGUGCAGAGUAACUGCAGAAUGUGGAGCUGGAAAUGUGCACAGCUCAAUGUUUGGAGCAAAGACUGGUCACUGUAUGAAAGGAGACAUGAGGUGUAUCAAUGUAAGGGACCAGGCAGUCAGGAAACAUCGACCAGAGCACCUCAACGGAAGUUGUAUGUAACACAGUGCUAAAAUACCCUCAGCAGUAUGAGCAUAAAGAAUAGGAAACAGAAUGUGACCUUUUGACCUCC